AUGGAGGGGAGCUUUAAGCUCCCAAAACUUGUGCCGAAACAAAAGAAGGAUUUAGAGCUACCGAGAUUUGAUUGGGCAAGUAUAGCGAAACAGAAAAAGCUUGGAUCUGGCAGUUUCGGUUCUGUGUAUCUAGCUAAACACGCUGGUACCGCACAAAAUGUCGUUGUAAAGAAACUUAAAAGCGUCUCUAUCGACUCACAGACGCGCUUCGUGAAAGAGGCGAAGAUUUUGAAUAGCGUUAAAGGACACCGCAAUAUAAGCAAAUUUUUAGGAUUUUGUAGUGAGCCGCACUCUAUAAUGAUGCAGUACUCAAGAUUCGAUUUUGGCUUUUUCGGAGUUGAGAAAAGUGUGAGUUCUCUCGCUGACUUUCUUCAAUUUGUCGACACUGAGUUCGAGUUUUCGUCAGUUGCUAAUUUGUUGCCAGUAUGUGUUAAAGAUAUACUCGCAGGACUUGAUUAUUUGCACAAUCAUAAUAUAGCUCACCGAGAUUUAAAACCUGGUAACAUAUUGGUUUGUAACCAGCAUUUGGAUGAUGUUGCCGGUGAUGACAAAGCCAUGGCCAAGGCUUACGAAGAGUGUCCCAUUGUAUGCCAACUUACUGACUUUGGUCUCAGCCGUAGUGUCGACAUCAUCAUUUCAUGA